GCGAUAGUGCUGGGCGAUAGUUCGCCACACCAAGUGUCACCAGUGAAACGCCAGUUCUUUAUUUUUACGAACGUAGUUCGAGGAGUCAGGAUAAUUUGAAUCUGGUUGUUUUCAGUUCACACCUAGCUUAGGAAAGGGUGUGAAAAGCGUACAUUGGGAGCCAUGGACAUCGAUAUGAGUCUGGACGAGAUUAUAGAGCGGAAGCGCGGGCAACGCGGCUAUCGUCCCAUCGACAGAAAGUUCAAUGCGAACUUCUCCAAGCCGCGCCAGCUGCUGAACAAGCCUUUUUUCAAGCCAUCGGUCGCUCGAGGAUCUCAAUCUGAUCCGCCAGCAAAGCGGACCUUCGAUGCCAGGAACAAGAUCGCCGCGAAGACACGGGCCAAGAUAGCCGAUGCCCGGGAUCUGAUCAACAAGAGCGUGCGCGACUCGGGCAUCGAUGCCCGCCAGCUACUGGAGCGAAAGAAGGUCCGUUCGGCGGUCCCAAUACUUAUUGAUGCAGAAGAGGAGUCGUUUGAGCCAUCACAUCGCGCACGCGGAAAGGGAGUGCACAUCGGUCAGUUUGGUCACCGCCUUAUUAGCAUGUCAAACCAUGCGGACGGCACCAUUCAGGCGAAAUGGGACUCAGACGACGAUGUCGUGGGACUGGGUAACCACAUGUUGUCCGGCUUGCAUCGAACCUUUGACCCCAUGUCCAAUAAGCCGGGCCAACCCUUUGCUCCACGGCGCUAUAUUGAUCUUGAUAAUAUGCAGGACCUGGAGGAUGAGGAAAUAUCUCGAACAUUGCACUUAGGGCAGAGGAGGCAAGCGUUGCCACACUACUCCACUGGUGGCCUCGACCUGAACCGCGGCAACGACGUGGAAAUGUCCAUGGCUCCACUCAAUAACAAAAUAGAUUCAAAUCCAUUCUCCAUUUACGAGGCGGCCCGCAAUCGCAUUGAGCGUCCUGUGCUGACCACCGACCGACGCGUAGUUGGACGCGCAGAUACCACCAAUGAGCCUCUCGAGCGCCUCCACCGCGACACAGCAAACACAAGUAAACUCCCAGAAUCGGUGCGGUCUCGUCUGUUUGUCAGUAAGAAGGAUCCUCGCAUUUCUCAUGGGAUCUACGCCAACGAGAACCGGAGAAGGGCCGUUGGUCGCGGUGGUGGUAGUGAUAGCGAUAGCGGUAGUGAUGGUGAUGGUAAUGCAGCUGCUCCAUCGAAGAACAAGCGCCGUUCGCCAUCCCCAUUGUCGCUGGGUACGUCGACCAGCAAGGGUGGAUAUCGCCUGCUGGUGAGCAAUCUGCAUACUAACGUGACCACUGCGGAUAUUCGCGAGCUUUUUAGCGACAUCGGCCCAGUGUACGACGCUCGUGUGGUGCGUCCCGGCACCGCCGAAGUUAUUUACAAGUCACUGGAACACGCCGAGAAGGCCGUAGAUACCUAUCACCAUCGUCAGUUCGAUGACCAGCCAAUGCACUGUGUGCUCGUCAAUCCGCACUCCUCCCGCCGCUCGGUGCACAAGGCCAGCUCUCGCACCGUGACCACCAACUCGUCUGGCGUGGAGGUGGACAUCGAUGCACUUCACUCGGUACUCUUCCGGGACCGCUAGGAAGCGCGAGGCAGCGCCCGGGACUAAGAGGCAACUAGAUCAUUCUUCAUUUCUCAUCAUUUUCAUCAUCUCCGUAGUAUUAAGUUCAACAAUGUAAACCAUCUUCAUUUUGGAGCUUAUCAAAUUCGAAUCGAUCCACCCGGCGUAUGUUCAGUAAACCAGACUAGUUUCUUUAUUAUAGAAACAUGAAUAGACAAGAACAGUUUUUUUUUGUUUAUUGUCUAAUGUGAAUUCUGGCAUAUCUGUCCACUUUAGUAUUUAGUAUCAAGUGAGCAAAAUUGUUGUCUUAUCAUCAAAGAAAUUCAGCAGUCCCACUAUAUACACAUGGCAUCGAAAAUUAUUUUACAACCGCUUCUGAAAUUUGGUAUUGAAAACUUUUCUUGAACCAGUUUUGAAUCCUUAAUGCCACUACGGAAGAUACGAAAAAUAAGAGGACCCAGUAAUUGUACAAUUGCUUGUAUAAUAUUUCAUAAAAUGUACAGUUUUUAAAUUUCAUAAAAUUAAUUCAUAAUAAUUAAAGAGAAAGGAGCAGUUUGGUAAGCAGUUAAGAGUUGCAAAAAAAAAUGUAUAUAUAAAGUAACUUGGAGGCCGCUUAGUUAUCCCGGAUGCCCGUUCCGUAGUUGGCGCCGCCGGCACGGUUCAGUGCCUCACGGAAGAGCUCAAUGUCCAGCUCGGCCUCCACUCCCGCCUGAAGUUCCACGGCAAAAUUCUGCAAA